AUGACGCCACACCGAGCUCCAGUCGAAGACCAUCGCGUAUGUCGCGUCUGCCUUGCGCGGUUAUUACACUCUGAAGAUGUUAGUCACUUUUAUCCAUCUCACGAGAAUCCUUCUUCUCGGUCUGGGGCAUCCAGUAGACUUCGAGAAACUUCCGCGGCUCCAUCGAGGGCAAAGACGAGCAAAACGAGUCAAUCGCGCAUCGUGAGGACGUUUGAAGAGGUGACAAAUGUUGUUCCUACAGAAGAAUUGUACGACGAGAUGGAGUGUAGCAUAUGCUCUCAUGUUUUAGGCUGUCCUCAGACCAUCGUACCGUGUGGACAUUCUUUCUGCGGCCCAUGUGCAUGGGAAUGGAUCAAACUUCACGAGAACUAUACUUGCCCUCAAUGUAGGGCAGAAGUCUACCGCGAAUACCCUUAUAUCCCCAACAUCGUCCUAGACCAGAUCAUCGAGCGUAAAUUGCGCUCUCUGAGACCCGGCAAACAAAAAGAUGAUUAUCUGGCAGAAAGAGAGGCGAAACUUAAGUAG